AGAUCAGGUUAAGGUCUAGAAAAGAGUAAAGUGCAAACAAACAAUAACAACAAUGAAUAACAACUAAAGGGAAAUAUUUCUUGAAUCUUAGACUGUACGAGAAUUAUUUUCCUUAACAAACAUAAAUAAAUGAGAAAAUAAGAGCUAUUGUUUUUAGCCUUGUAUUAGCCUUGUAGCUUUGGUGAAGCACUAAUGAUUCAAAAUGUGCUUGUUUUUUUAACUGAACUUUAUUACUAUGAAGUAGAAAUAAUCUUUGAUUGGUAGGUUUCUAUUCUAAGGAUGAUGUAUUUGAGUUCUCCUGACCAUUAUAGAACCACAAAUGAAUAAAUGCCAAUUCGUCUUGUUAUACUGUAAUUAUCAUUAUUAUUUUUAUUCAGGACCCGGACCGGGGCACUACGCUCUCCCCCCUACCAUCGGCUACAUAAACCAUGACUACACAAAGCCAAGCAGUCCGGCGUACUCGUUCCACCGCCGCAUGAGCAGCAAAAUGCUGUUUGAAGACUCCAGUCCUGGGCCUCGGUACCACGUGGAUGACAAGAUCACUCGCUUUGGAAGAGAUGGCACUCCGUCAUACUCGAUGCUGGGUAGAAAGAAGAUCAGAGCGGAUACGUUCCAAACUCCUGGUCCAGGAGCUUACAGUCCAGAGAAGGCGCCUCCACUAAAUUGGCAUCGGCGCCCGCCAACCUACACCAUGGGCUUCCGGACACGCUACAGGAGCACAGAUGCUGUACCUGCCCCCAACCGCUACACCCUACCCAAUCUGUUAGGUACACGUAUUCCUAACAAGCCCUCUAGCGCCAGCUACUCUAUGUCCCGCCGCACAAAACUUGGGGCGCCCUCCGAAGACCUGGCAGCAACUCCUGGGCCAGCUCACUACAACAGAACAGACCCAAGCAUUUACAUGAGCAGACAACCGUCUUUCUCCAUACAGAGCCGUCACAACAUCCCCAGCAGCACCACGUGCAAGCCUGGACCAGGCACUCACUACCCAGAGAAAGUGUCAGCCCACCUGCCCAGGCCGCCGUCUUUCACCAUGGGGGUGCGGCAUUCAGAGUUUGUCACACCUUUAGUCAUUGAUUUAAUUGACUAAAGAAAAAACUACUUAUUGUCUAUCUAUAACCACAUGUGAUGACGAAACUCCUUGUUAUUUGUAUUUUCACAUGUAAAUUGUUUACAUCUUUUAAUCUUUAUCUUAUACAUGAAACCAAUCGAUUGUUUUUGUCAACUUCAGAACUAUUGGCACCCUGUUACUAUAUAAUAUCUGAAACAGCGCUGAGCUUCUUGCAUAAAUGUGUCAUUUUUUUCCACGAAUAAUGGUAUUUAAGGAUACCAAUAAUUUUGCUGAAUGAAUUUUUAGAGACAAUUUUAAUUUUAUUUACUUACUUAUUUGAGUGAAAUUUAAUUGCAUGUCAUGUAUGGCUUGAUAGACUGAUUUCUUUUAUUAUUAUUGUUAAAUUUGAAACAUCUUGGUACAGUAGAGCUUUCAGGUUUGUUUGUUCCAUUUAAAGUCAUGGCGUAAAAACAUCCUAAAUUACUUUGCAUUGU